GUUUGUGACUACAGUGAGGUUGCCAAUGCCUGGAGUCAGCAUUUGAAGCUGGCCAGCUGUCUUACACACACACACACACACACACAAACAUUACCUCAGCAAGAUGUUGAGCAUCUUUAAGGUUUUCAUUACCAUCUGCUUCACGGAACUGGCGUUUUCAAGAAGCAUAACAUCUAGGGAAGUCCGGGCAAAAGAUAUCCGAGUUUCUCGACCAAUUCUUAUUCCUGGUUUUCCUGAGAAUGCUACUGUGUUAGUUGGAGGACAUGUGAAACUGGUGUGUAAACUCCACCAGCCAGCCUCAACACGUCUCCAGUGGUUCAAGAAGGACAGCAAUCGCCAGGGGCCUGAUGGAUCACCAUUUUUUACAGCGCUUACGCCUCUUCUUGAGAACCUCUCCAAAGUCAACAUUCUUCCUUUAGUGAAUGUCUCCGUGAAAGAUGCUGGAGAGUACGUAUGCAAGGCAGAAAACUCAGUUGGUCAAACAACGCGCUCUGCCUGGCUGGAAGUCUUAUCAGUUUCAGAGGAGCCAACUGAGGAAACAUCAGAGCAUCUACUUCUAGAGCUUGGAGAUGUACUAAAACUCCGUUGUGACACAAACCGUCCUGGAGCUGUCCAGUGGUUCAAGGGUGGUAUGCGGGUGCAACACAAUGCUCGUAUCCAGAUAAGGGCAGCAGUCAUGGAGAUUGCGGAUGCCACCUAUGAAGAUUCAGGAGUGUAUGUGUGUAUGCUGCGUGACACCAAAGAGGCUCUACGCAACUUCACUAUCACAGUGGCAGAUGCUGUAGGAUCAGGAGAUGAUGAUGAGGACAAUGGUAUUGAUGACUCUGGUCCCGAGAUUGAAAAUGACCAGGUCUACAUCUCCAGAGCACCAUACUGGACUCUUACUCAAAGGAUGGAGAAGAAGCUCUACGCAGUCCCAGCUGGAAACACUGUCAAAUUCCGCUGCCCUGCCACAGGGAACCCUCUUCCCACCAUUCGCUGGCUGAAGAAUGGCAGAGAAUUCAGAGGAGAGCACCGGAUCGGAGGCAUCAAACUACGACAUCAACACUGGAGCCUGGUCAUGGAGAGUGUGGUUCCCUCAGACCGUGGGAACUACAGUUGUGUGGUGGAGAACAAAUAUGGGUCCAUUGCUCACACCUACCUCUUGGACGUGUUGGAACGCUCUCCACACAGACCCAUCCUUCAAGCUGGUCUACCCAAAAACAUUACAGCUGUAGUGGGUGGAGAUGCCCAGUUCCUGUGUAAAGUCUACAGUGACGCCCAGCCUCACAUCCAGUGGCUAAAGCACAUAGAGAUGAAUGGCAGCCGUUAUGGGCCUGAUGGCAUUCCUUAUGUAAAGAUCGUGAAGACAGGAAGCUUGAAUAUGUCUGAAGUGGAAGUCUUAUAUCUUACCAAUAUUACAAUGGAGGAUGCUGGGGAAUACACCUGCUUGGCGGGAAACUCUAUUGGAUUCUCUCAUCAGUCUGCUUGGCUUACAGUCUUAUUAGAGGAGGACGUGGCCAAGGAGAUAGACCUUACGGAGUCCAAGUACACUGACAUCAUCAUCUAUGCAUCUGGCUUCCUGGCACUGGUGAUGGCCAUAGUUAUCGUGGUCCUAUGCCGCAUGCAGGUUCAUCCCAGUCGGGAGCCGUUUGAUACGCUCCCAGUGCAGAAACUCUCCAAAUUUCCUUUACGCAGACAGUAUUCUGUGGAGUCCAAUUCUUCUGGAAAAUCAAGUGCGUCACUGAUGAGGGUGGCUCGUCUUUCCUCCAGUUGUUCCCCAAUGCUGGCUGGAGUUAUGGAGUUUGAACUGCCUUAUGACCCUGACUGGGAGUUUCCAAGAGAGAAUUUGACUUUAGGGAAACCACUUGGAGAGGGCUGUUUUGGUCAAGUGGUGAGAGCUGAGGCUUAUGGGAUAAACAGAGAAAAUCAAGAUCAAACGGCAACUGUAGCUGUUAAAAUGCUAAAAGAUGAUGCAACUGACAAAGACCUGGCAGACCUCAUCUCUGAGAUGGAGCUUAUGAAGGUGAUGGACAAGCACAAGAACAUCAUAAAUCUUCUUGGUGUUUGCACACAGGAUGGUCCACUUUACGUGCUGGUUGAAUAUGCGUCUAAGGGUAGCCUACGGGAAUACCUCAGAGCUCGUCGACCUCCAGGCAUGGACUACACCUUCGAUGUGACCAAGGUUCCUGAGGAACAGCUCACCUUCAAAGACCUAGUUUCCUGCGCCUACCAAGUGGCAAGAGGCAUGGAGUACCUGGCCUCCAAAAGAUGCAUUCACAGAGAUUUAGCAGCAAGGAAUGUUCUUGUGACAGAGGACAACGUGAUGAAAAUCGCAGAUUUUGGUUUGGCAAGAGGAGUGCAUCAAAUCGAUUACUACAAAAAAACCACUAAUGGACGUCUGCCAGUGAAAUGGAUGGCACCAGAAGCCUUGUUUGACAGAGUCUACACACACCAGAGCGAUGUUUGGUCCUUUGGAGUUUUGAUGUGGGAGAUUUUCACACUGGGGGGAUCGCCGUACCCUGGGAUACCGGUAGAGGAGCUUUUUAAGCUGCUGAAGGAAGGUCAUCGAAUGGACAAACCUUCCAACUGCACCCAUGAACUCUACAUGAAGAUGAGAGAGUGCUGGCAUGCGGUUCCAACACAAAGACCAACAUUCAAACAGCUUGUGGAAGAGCUUGAUAGAGUGCUGGUGUCCAUUUCAGAUGAGUACCUGGACCUAUCCACCCCCUUCGAACAGUACUCCCCAUCUUGUGAGGACACCUCCAGCUCUUGCUCUUCAGACAAUGAUUCAGUGUUUACCCAUGAUGCUAUAUCAACUGUCCCAUGCCUCCUUGGCUACCACGAUGUGCUCUCUCGGAUGGACCUCAAGACGACGAUGCGAUAG